AUGGCCCUGUCCGCUGCAGACAAGACCAACGUGAAAGAAUUCUGGGCAAAACUGGGAGAGAACACCAGCGUGUAUGGCACCGAAGCCCUGCUGAGGACCUUUCUUUCUUUCCCUGCAACCAAGACCUACUUUUCCCGCUUCGACCUCUCCAUCGGCUCCCCCCAGAUUCGGACUCAUGGCAGGAAGGUGGCAGAGGCACUGACUUUGGCUGUCAGCCGCAUGGAUGACUUGCCGGAGGCCCUCUUGUCCCUGAGCGAUCUCCACGCCCACAAACUCAAGGUAGAUCCCAUCAACUUCAAAUACCUGUCUCACUGUUUGCUAGUGACCCUGGCUAGGCACCAUCCGGGUAACUUCAACCCUGAGGUGCACGCUUCUCUGGACAAGUUCCUGAGCUAUGUGUCCUCGGUGUUAACGUCCAAGUACCGUUAA